AAUUAGACAGAGAAUAAGUUAAAAGAAUUUACAUAGUGUGCAUUAUAUCUAUAUAUCAUUGAACAUACACUUUAAGAAAUGAUAUUACUUAUAUUAAUUCAAUAUGAUGUAUAAUAUAUAAACUGUUCAUAUUUUAUUAUAUCUCAUAGCAACUAAUUUCAAUUAUCAAUAUCGAACCAAACAACAACAACAACAACAACAAAACAAGGACAAAAAAGGGGGGGGCAUCAUGAUCUUAUCAAUAGCAGAAAAAUAUUGGAAAAAUAUAAUUAUCUUAUCAAAUCUUAUAUUUAUUGUAUACAGUAUUGUACUUCUUUCAUUAGGUAUAGAUAAAUUGAAUUUUUUAAACAGAUUUACCAUUAUAUUACAUAAUGCUAUACCAAUUAUAAUUCCAAUGAUUAUCUCCAGUGGAUUAUUAUGUCUAAUCACUGCAUUAAUUGGUUUAAUUGGUUUAAUAAAACAAAAACAAUGUAUUGCAUUGAUUCAUAUUGGUGGUUUACUGAUUAGUACAAUUAUUGAAUUUAGCACAGCAACAAUGUCAGCUGUUUCUAAGGAUCAGUUUUUUAUGAAAGUAAAUUCUUCAUUACAUGAAUCUAUUAUACAUUAUGAGAUGAAUUAUGAAAUUAAAAAUGAAUUUAAUAAUUUACAAAUGACUCUUGGAUGUUGUGGUGCUUCCUAUUUUCGUGAUUAUUUAAAAAUACAUUCUAUAACACCAUCUUCUUGUAAACCUACAUCAUAUGGAUUUGGUUGUGUUACAGCAAUCAGUCGAUAUAUGCAACAAUAUAUUAUAAUGUUAAUGUAUCUAUGCUUUAUUUUUGCAAUUUUAAAAGGGAUAUAUGUAACUAUAUCAAUUUUAUUAUUUCGUAAAACAGUUACCAAGGAAAAUUCAUCUGUGUAAACUUAACAUUAACAGCACACACACACACAAACACAAAAGGACAGCAACAUUAUAAAUUACAAAACUACAAUAGAAUAUCAUUGAUCCAAAUGACAUUGUUAAUGAGGAUUGAAUUGUUAUGUCAAAUUUAUACAUGAACAGUUUUGAUUUCUACAUUUUGGAAACAUUGAUUAUCAUUCAAUUUUGUUAUUUGUUAAAAAACAUCUUUCUUUAAUUGUUUUCUUUUGAAAAACUUCUUCACACUAAUCACCAUAACAACAGAUUGGUUAAAGUAAUAUCAAUAUUAAAUUUAUUUGGUAUUGUUG